GAAAGGUUAUUUCAUCUAUAGGUGUUUGGGUGCUGCUGUUUAGUCAUAGACUGACGGGAAGAUAUUCGUAUUAAGUGACUGCUGAGAGCUGAGCAAGAUGCUGGCGCUAAUCAACAGAAUAUUAGACUGGUUCAAGAGUCUCUUCUGGAAGGAGGAGAUGGAGCUGACGCUGGUCGGGCUCCAGUACUCCGGGAAAACCACCUUUGUUAACGUUAUUGCUUCAGGACAGUUUAGUGAAGACAUGAUACCAACAGUGGGUUUCAACAUGCGAAAGAUCACAAAGGGCAACGUUACCAUUAAAGUCUGGGAUAUUGGAGGACAACCACGGUUUAGAUCCAUGUGGGAGCGCUACUGUCGAGGUGUUAAUGCCAUAGUGUACAUGGUGGAUGCAGCUGACCCUGAAAAGAUUGAAGCAUCACGGAAUGAGCUACAUAAUCUACUAGACAAGCCCCAGUUGGCAGGCAUUCCUGUCCUGGUGUUGGGGAACAAACGAGAUCUACCAAAUGCACUUGAUGAAAAGGGCCUUAUUGAGAGAAUGAACCUAUCAGCCAUCCAGGAUAGGGAAAUUUGCUGCUAUUCUAUAUCCUGCAAGGAGAAGGAUAAUAUUGACAUAACACUUCAAUGGCUCAUUUCUCACUCCAAGUCUGGUGGCCGCUAAGCCACGGACUUCAUGUUGUCUGUGGCCAAAGGUGGUAGAGUUAAAGAAGUGUCCAGAGAUUUUAUGGAGUUGUUAAAGAAAGCAUUUGCUAAUAUAAGACUGAGGGGAUGGGAUGGGACAGAAAUCUUAAUGGACUUGUGAAUUGUAGAAGGGAAUAUAGGCUAGGGGUAAUUUGUUUAACUUGAGAGAUUUAACUGUAGGAAUUGUUAAUUGAUGAUUAAUAGGGGUUUUAAUUAUACAUGUAGCAAUUAAAUGAAACUGAACAAAAGUGUAGUCAUGACAUAUUCCAAUGAGUCAUAUUUCAAUGCAAAAUUUUGUAAUUGUUCUGUGCAGUAAUCAGUUACUUUUAUUCCAAUUUGGAAACAUGUGUAGCACUGUAAUCCAAAAAUCCCACACUUAAAGUGAAGCCCAUGGGUAGCACACGUUUUUUGAAUAGAGUACUGUAUAAUUCACUUGAGCAAAUUUCAGCCUCAUUAAUUUUAUGUAUUUUUGUUUAUAUAAUGACAUGCUCUUAGUACUUGUAUAUAUAAUAUAUGAAUCUAUUAGUUCCCCCUUACCUAAUAAGAGCUAAAGUUUAAGACUAAGAGCUAAAACAGUGGCAAUCUUUUCUCAUUUACGCUUAAUGUUCCAUGAAGUGAAGCCAAAAUAUUUUUCUUCGUGAUUUGUAAAUGUAGCUUUGAAAACCUUCAUGAUGGAUCUUUUGACCAGGAUGGUAGCUAAUACUGUACCAGUUUGUUUCAAUGCUCAUCACUUUUAUAAUUGUCCAUUAUAGCAUUAAGAUUUUUUCUAGGUUUUGUAUUUCUACUUGUGUGUGUUUAAAGCUAAAGGGAGAAUUUAUAGCAGUUUUAUUUGUAAUAAAGGUAUUGCAAGUAAGUUAUUUAAUAUUUUAACAAUUUUGUAGACAAAAUCCUAAACAUGAAUUAUAUAUCAUUAAAUUUCUUUAAAACAUUGAAAAUUUGCAACUGUAUCAGGAUUUUUUUUUUAUCACAAGGUUUUUUCUCAAACUAAUCCAGUAAAAAAAAAAAUGUAAUAUUUACUGAAUUGUUAAACCAUUCCUCUUCAUUUUGCUACAUGAAGGGCCCUGAAGGUGCAUUCAUACUGGUUAGUCCUUUUUCUGAUGUGUGAAUGGUAGCUACGUUUGGGUGUGUUUGACGUGUGUGGAUGUGUCCAGUGGUAGGACUGUGACUGCUGUAGACUGGCACAGUGUUGAUAUAGUGAAGUAGAUCACAUAUGUUUAGGCAUUACCCUACUUCAAAGCACUAAAAGGCAUAAUUUGUCAUCAUGUAUAUACUAAUGUAUGGUAAUUGAUUCAAUGUUUUGCACACAGCUUUUAAUGCAAACCAGAAACAUUUGGUAUCAGGAGUGGGAUGGCUCUCUGGUUGAGCUUAGAUAGUUGCUUUGCACUUUAUGAAAUGGUAAGAAUUUUCACAUCAAGCUUUUGUUUUGAUAUAAUUAAAGUUUCUUGAUUACUAAUUUUGACCAUUUCACAAAGUAACUGUUAAAACGUACUGGAUAAUGUAGUGUCAGUUGAUUAGAAGCCCCUUGUAAGAUUGCUAAUAUUUACCAUUAUCUUUGGUCAGUCAUAUCUAAUUUAAGUCUAACAUCUAAGUUCUCUGUGGUGCAUUAUAUCAAAGCUUAAUAUUUUUAGCACUUCUCUGCUGCAGUGUUUUAUUACAAAAUUUAUUGAGAUAAAAAGUAACCUUCAACUACACAUCUAAGAUCAAUAAUUUUGGAACUGUUAAUCUUGUGUGCUUGAACAUAUUUGCACUUGAAAUCUUUUCCUUAUAAACUUUAACCACAUAAUAAAUCAACAUAUAUUUUUUAAGAACUGUUUUUCAUAGUUCUCAAUAACACGUACAAUUCAGGAAUUGAUAUAAGUGGAAGAUUUGAUUGCUUUUGCAUGCAAGUACACUUGUGUAUGUGCACACUUGAAUGCUUGCAUAUAAAUGUGUUUGUGUACAAGCUUAUGUACUUAUAUGUAUACAUUGCAUAAUGUGUGUGUGUGUGAGCAUCUAUGCUUGUUUGUGUGCUCGCAUGUAUAGGUGAAUGGAUGGGUGAAUUGUGUGAUGGUUGAUAUAUGCCAUAGUUUGUAAAUGUAUAUACAUAAUUACACACGCACAAACAUACAUGCUUACAUACAUUCAUAUUUGAAUUGCAAGAUGCAGAAUUAAUGCCUUUGCAAUGUCAAUUGAACUUAAGGAAUCAAGAAUGCAGAGCAUUUCACUUCACAUUGUAUCGAAUGACUUGUUGUUGAUAGUUUCUUGUCACUAGUAAGAAUAUUACCAACUGAAUAGAAUGAGAUUAUAAACGUGACUCUUUAUUUUUAACAUACAACUUCAUUCAAACAUUGAAAUGUAAGAUGCUGUGCUUGCCAAAGUCUGAUGGAAAAACCUCGGCUGUACUAAAAUAAUAUUGGGUAUAUAGCUUUCCUUGUUGGUCAGGUUCCUCUGCAAGUUGGAUAAUAAAUUGGUGCUCUUUAAUAUCAAAACAUGAAGACUGAAAGUAAUUAACUUAUU